CGUUCGUUAAAAUUGAAUCAUUUCAAUUCAAUGAUUUCGUAUUUCGAACUCUCAGCUCGCCGGAUUGGUUUUUGGCUUUUGCUUUGCCGCGUGCUAAGUCUACUCAAAUCACAAGAGUAAGCUGAAGCCUUGGAUUUUAGAUAUUUGACCGUACUUAAGCUACGUGAUCGACUCUUUAGAAAGUCCAUGGGACGAAAUGGUGAUUGACAAAUAUCCAGAACAGUUAGUGUUUUUUUUCAAUCAUCAAGUAUGUCGCCGUCAUUUGUCUUUGAAUAAAUGAUAACAUUGCUGUUAAUCCCAAGAUCACAGUAUUCCUAUUGUUCCUGUAAAAAUAGUUUUUAAGAUUUUUAUAGCUAAUAAAUUUGUAAGCACAUCAAAGGACAUUGAUCAACCAUGAGGACCCCCACCAAAUAUCAACAAAACAAUUCUACGAAAAAAGAUCUCGUCAAAGAUGCCAUUCAAUUAACAAUAGCCGUCAACCGAAUGAAGCAGCAUUUUGUCUGGGGAGCCGUCAACACAGUAAUACUGUCGAUGCUCGUCUAUGAUUUAUUGGUUUUACCUUAUUCUUGGUAUACUCCAUGGUGGCGUCUCGUUGAAUCAACUACAUCAGCUGUCUUAUGCACAAGUCUAUUGUAUCAUAUUUUCGGACUUCUCAAGUUAUGGAUGACUACUAAUACGCUUGAUUUAGCGCCAGAACAAUUUCAGACUUUAGGAUUAUCCAAUUCUUACAUAAGGAUUAAAUCUCCUCAUAAACUGACGAGCACGAUUACACCUCCGGCUACUACAAGUACACCGAUAAACUGUACAAUGAGCAAUUGGAACACUCCGAGGUUUCAAAUAUCUCCUGAUAAAUUGGUAACAGAUAAACAAAAUCGUAAUGGAAUCAAGUAUAAUAUUAACAACACUAAUAACGAAACAAUUGAAGAUAUGUGUACCUUAGAACAAUACCUUAAAGAUUACGAUAGUAAAAACAGCUUCUCUUUUACUGAGCGUGAUUCUGAACAACGUAGUUUGUCGUUGUGGGAACGUUCAGGUUGCUCAAACACUUCGAUUUCAUCAAUGUUACAAAACUCUAUUUAUCAAGUAGCUUCCUCUCCUGAACAAUCAAAAUCGGAUCUAAAUGAAAGUACAUCAACAGUUGCCAUGGCUUCAGAGGUUUGGCGAAAGUUUAAAGUUGAUAAUAACAAAGUCGAAAGAUGGUUGGUAAAUUUGAGAACUUGGAUUUCACAAACAAUAAUUACACGUUUAGUCAAAGAAAUAGAAAAUGUCGAUCGCGCUUUGUACAACCAAGGAUUUGUCGAUGUAUCAAUAGGAAACGUUGGGCUAGAACGACUUAAAAAAACUGCCCAUACCGUACAAGUUGCUCAAACUAUUCCCAGUUUGUUACACAUUAUUCCAUAUUUUGAAAUAUCUACCAAUCAAGAGUAUGUUGUACAACGAAUCAGAGAAUUGGCAAAAGGACCAUGCCUGACUGAAUAUCGGUGGAACUCUGGUGGAACAUUUAAAGGAAAAGAAUGGACUUCUGAAUUACCAUCAGACUCCGUUUUGGUGAUGCAUUUGUUGGCUACAUACUUAGACUCUCAGUUGUCCCCAUUGACACGUCUCAAAGGGAAGAAUCCUUUUUCAGUUCAGCACCUCAUCAAAUAUCCAGAAAAAAUUAAAUCCAACGAUAAACAAGUCGUCAUUUAUCAACAAUCAAAUAAUCCUCCUCAUUACAAUUUAAAAAUAGGAAAAGAUACACACAAUUUUCCAAAAGGUCGUAAUAAUUUUUUCUACACCAUUCUUUUGUUUCUAAAUUAUAUCAAAACAACUGAAAACGGAAUGUUGGAGAGCGUAAACCUCGGAAAAUCCGGAGUUAAUAUGCUUUGGAUUGUAGAAUAAGUUUUUUUAUUAUUAUUACUAGUAUUAUUUGCACAAAAUCUGACUGAAUAAAUUGAAUAAAGUACAAUGCAUUAAAAUUG